AAUAAGCCACAUAUGAAGAGACCACUUCUCACCCACUUUCAAUAAUUGCAGUGAGACAACAUGGAGGUCACAGCUUUCCGCAUCAGACUGUUGAUAAAUGUGUUGUUCCUGCUGUGUGCACUUGAUCAGAAAGUCUAUUCAGUCUUUCUUCGAGUCGACCCAAACAGGCUGCAGUUCUUUGAAUAUGAGCCUGUAACUUUGCAUUGUGAGGGGGUCAAAGGGGAAGUAUUCUCAUGUGGAACUCAUAGUAGGCUGGGAACCAAACAGGUGCCAUGUAACAUUAAAAGUGUUUAUCUAGAAGAUAGUGGGGAGUACUGGUGUGAGGCUGAAGGGGGGGAGAGAAGCAACAGCGUCGACAUCACUGUCACUGAACAUUCAGUGAUCAUGGUGAGUCCUGCUCUUCCUGUGAUGGAGGGAGAAGCUGUGAUUCUGGGCUGCAGAAACAAGACUGCUUCUUUCAACCUCCGAGCUGAUUUCUAUAAAGAUGGCCGCCUCAUCAGUAGUAGCUCAACAGGAGAGAUGACCCUGCAUAGUGUUUCCAAGUCUGAUAAAGGACUUUACAAGUGCAACAUCUCUGGAGCUGGUGAAUCACCAGAGAGCUGGCUGGCUGUCAGAGCAGUUCGUCCAGAGACUCGUCCGUCCUCUGAUGAUUGGUUCCUCAUGUUAAGAACCGUUCUCCCCCUGGUGAUGAUGGCUCCUCUGCUGCUGCUGCUGGGACUACUGCACUGUGGGAGACUCGGAGGGUCCAGAAGCAGAUGUGCUCUGACUGACUCGAGAACGGAGGAUUCUCAGAAGUCAACUGAAGACGCUCUGCAAGCGACAGUUUUAUUUUGAGCCGUGUAUACAUUUAAUAAUCCACUCUGACCAUAACUCUGACAAACCCUGUGCAGACUGACCACAUCAUCUCUGAACCUCUAUCAGUACGCUCUGUGGGGGAGUGGGAGUCUCACUUUCUGUUUGUGUUUCAUACAAUUUAAAAAAAGGAAAAAAGUUCUUUAAAAAACAUGAAAAAAUGUUUUUUUGCAUCAUCACCAUAUUGUGAUGUAAUAUUUGGAUGGAAACGGAAAGUUGUAAAAGAGCAUGUUAAUGACAGUAAAAGGCCAGUAGCUAUCAGCCACAUGUAU